UGUUUUAUGUAUGCCUUACAUAGCACAAUUGUAUUGUAUGCUGAAUUGUGUUUAGAAGUUAGAAUGGUCAUACUGUCUGUGUACAGGCUCCAGAGCAGAGGCCUCUCUAACUCCAACCACCCCAUAAGUCACCCUGAUAUGGAUGGAACCAACCAGCCAGCUGAGGUUAAUCAACAGUCUCCUGCCGGGCAGCAGGCCAUGGGGGGAGAUGUUGAGGAGAGCAACAGCAGUGGGAAUAGCCAGAACCCUGGAGAGAGAAAAGCCCAAAUGCCACCGCUGAAGCCUCCCUCCACGUGGACCUCCAUGGCGAUGAAGGAGCUCAAGUCCAAGCUGCGACUGGAGAAGGACCGUGUGGUGACAGUGAAACAAGGAAACAUUUUGACAGUGCAUGUGCCCACCGUUCCUGAGGGAAAGCAAGUGUGCUGGGAGUUUGCCACAGAUAGCUAUGACAUAGCCUUUGGAAUCUCCUUUGACUGGAACCCUGUCACCAGCCAGGCCAUCACGGUCCACAUUAGUGAAUCCAGCGAUGACGAAGAGGAGGAAAAUCAGCUACAAGGACUUAUCAACCCAGGGGAUGUUGAGAAGGGUUCUAAAUCAUUGGCCAACUCCAACAUAGGGGAAAUCUUACCUGUGUAUCGUCUGGACAGUCACAUGGCAGUGCAAGGUGGCAGUCACGAGUAUCCAGGCGAAGGCACUUACCUUCUGAAGUUUAAUAACUCCUACUCACUAUGGCGAAAUAAGACUCUGUACUACAGAGUGUAUUACAGUGCCUGAGGAACUGUAACUGUUAGCUUUUGCAUAUGACUGUAUGACUUACUAGAAUUACUUAUUUUUGAUUUAAUAUUUUUGAUUCCAUAGAACAUGUUAUGGUUAAUUAUAUGUGCAUAGAUUUUUCAUCACAAUCAGCGGAUGUUGCUCACUCCUAGUCUACACUUAAAAUCUAAGAGGACCAGAAAAUUAUGAAGUGGGACAUUUUGCUCGUAUGUUUUACUGUGUUUAUAGACAUAUUUGACGUAGCCUUGUGUUUGUUCCAUGUUCUGUUUAAAAGUUAUGUGCAGUGAGUUAAGGCAAAUUGACCAUAUUUUAAAGAUAUAUAUAGUAUAUGUACAGUAUCAGUCAAAAGUUUGGACACACCUACUCAUUCAAGGGUUUUUCUUUUUUUUUUUUUUUUACAAUUUUCUACAUUGUAGAAUGUCUCUACACCUGGAAUGCUUUUCCAACAGUCUUGAAGGAGUUCCCACAUAUGCUGGGCACAUGUUGGCUGCUGUUCCUUCACUCUGUGGUCCAACUCAUUCCAAAUGAUCUCAAUUGUUGUUGAGGUCGGGUGAUUGUGGAGGACAGGUCAUCUGAUGCAGCACUCCAUCAUUCUCCUUCUUGGCCAAAUAGCCCUUACACAGCCUGGAGGUGCGUUGGGUCAUUGUCCAGUUGAAAAACAAAUGAUAGUCCCACUAAGUGCAAACCAGAUGUGAUGUUGUAUCGCUGCAGAAUGCUGUGGUUGCCAUGCUGGUUAAGUGUGCCUUGAAUUCUAAAUCAAUCGUUGAGUGUCACCAGCAAAGCACCCCCACACCACCUCCUCCAUGUUUCACGGUGGGAAGCACACAUGCGGAGAACAUCCGUUCACUUACUCUCUCACUAACCAAAAAUCUCAAAUAUGGACAGAUCUCCACUGCUCUAAUGUCCAUUGCUCGUGUUUCUUGGCCCAAGCAAGUCUCUUCUUCUUAUUGGAGUUCUUUAGUAGUAGUUUCUUUGCAGCAAUUCGACCAUGAAGGCCUGAUUUACACAGUCUCCUCUGAACAGUUGAUGUUUAGAAGUUUCUGUUACUUGAACUCCGUGAAGCAUUUAUUUAGACUGCAAUUUCUUAGGCUGGUAACUCUAAAGAAAUGAUCAUCUGCAGCAGAGGUAACUAUGGGUCUUACUUUCCUGUGGCGGUCCUCAUGAGAGCCAGUUUCAUCAUAGCCCUUGAUUGUUUUUACGACGGGCACUUGAAAAAACUUUCAAAGUUCUUGGAAUGUUCUGCAUUGACUGACCUUCAUGUCUUAAAGUAAUGAUGUACUGCCGUUUCUCUUUGCUUAUUUGAGCUGGUCUUUCCAUAGUAUGGACUUGGUCUUUCACCAAAUAGGGCUAUCUUCUGUAUACUACCCCUACCUUGUCACAACACAAAUGAUUGGCUCAAACGCAUGAAGAAGGAAAGAAAUUCUACAAGUUAACUUUUAACAAGGCACACCUGUUAAUUGAAAUACAUUCCAGGAGACCUCAUGAAGCUGAUUGAGAGAAUGCAGGGUGUGCAAAGCUUUCAUCAAGGCAAAGGAUGGCUACUAUGAAGAAUCUAAAAAAUUGUAAAACUUUUUUUGGUUACUACAUGAUUCCAUAUAUGUUAUUUCAUAGUUUUGAUGUCCUCACUAAUUUUCUGCAAUGUAGGAAAUAGUCAAAAUAAAGAAAAACCCUGGAAUGAGUAGGAAUGAUAAAUACAUUCAUUGGGCCCUCAUCUAUGGAUUUCAAAUGACUGGGCAGGGCAUUGGCCCACCCACUUGGGAGCCAGGCCCAGCCAAUCAGAAUGAGUUAUUACCCAUAAAAUGGCUUUAUUACAGACAGAAAUACUCCUCAGGAUCCCCCCCUCCCUCCUCAGACAAUCCCAUAGGUGAAGCUGCCUGAUGGCAACAGCUCUCUUGGACAUUCCUGCAGUCAGCAUGACAAUUGCACGCUCCUUCAACUUGAGACGUUUUUUUGGCAUUGUGUUGAGUGACUGCAAAUUUUAGUUGCCUUUUAUUGUCCCCGGCACAAGGUGCACCUCUGUAAUGACCAUGCUGCUUAAUAAGGUUCUUUGAUAUGCCACACCUGUCAGGUGGAUGGAUUAUCUUGGCAAAGGAUAAAUGCUCACGAACAGGGAUGUAAACUAAUUUGUGCACAUCAUUUGAGAGAAAUAAGCUUUUUGUGAGUAUGGAAAAUGUCUGGAAUCGUUUAUUUCAGCUCAUGAAACAUGGCACCAACACUUUAGAUGUUGCGUUUAUUUUUUGUUCAGUAUAAAAGUAUGAUUUGGAUAGUCCCUUUAUAGUACAAUUUUAUGCACAGAUCUCUGUAAAAGAACAUAAUUUGUAUUAUAUGUGUCUUUUCUGUGUUGUAGCUCUGUAUGCACCUAAUCAUGUUCUCAAUUUAUUAUAGCCGCCCAUACGUGGCUCCAAAAAAGAAUGUUUGUACCUCAUCCAUCUGUGUUGUGCAUGUUUCCUAAGGUACUGUAUCAUAUGAAUUGUGCUGUUAAAAUAUAAGGAACUGAAAAUAAGUAUCCCAUGGUUGUUGUGCUUUGUACUGCAUGCACUUUUCUUAUGUUUCUU